AUGUUGCAGACCACCUGCCAACUGGCUAUGGCGGAGGUGGAGGACUGGAGGCCGCUGGAAUCGGGGAACUGGGCUGGGCUGACGCGGACCGGGGGGCUGCACUCGUAGCUCGGGUUAAGCGCCCCCGGCGCGCCGGUGAUCCUCCAGUUCUGCGGGGGGAAGAACUCGGUCCGGUUCAGGUCGGGGGGCAUCUUGUAGACCUGGAGCUGGAAAGCGGACGCUGCCGACCUGCCGGAGUCCAUGCUCGCCGGCAGGAUGGUCCCGUUGCGGCAGCAGAAGGGGAUCCUCCCCACGUCGGUGUCGUUGGCCCUGGACAGCGGCAGGUCGAGGAUGGUGGGCGACCUCUCGCAGUUGACCACCUUGGAGAAGUCCAGGUCCUGGUAG